AAACCCUCUGAUAUGAAUGAUCCAAGGGCUGGCACCAGCCAAGGAGUACAAGAUCAUCAUGACGAUCAUGGUGAAGAUGAGCACAACAUCAGGGACAUCCAUGCCUUGACACCGCCUCGCCCGCUGCCUCCCGCCAAUGGCGGCGGCCGCAGAAGAGAAGCUUGGGAAACCAGUAGCCAAACAUCUUUGUCCAUGGCCAGUGCUGAAUUAGGAACAGACUUCACCACCAUGAGUAGAGAGUUCAGUGCUUUAGUAGUUGCAGGGUCGGCAAUCGGGACAAAUAAUAGUACCACAAAUGAUAGUGACCAUAAUACUAUGAUUAAUCAAGGGAACAAUAAUUUGGGUAGGAUCGGAGAGGAGGACAAUAAUAUGCAUGAGCAGGAGCUGGAGAGCAACCAUUUGGCUAUAGUCCCGGAUAAUUACAACCAUUUGGACCCGAUUACCUACUCUCCAAGGAAUAGUCAGGCUAAUAACUAUAUUGGGUCUUCAUCAAGCACGGUGAGGACUCGGGAUCACCAAGAAGGCAGCGGCGGCGAUCAGAUGGUUUCGGUGGAUCGGGUGAAGAAGGAAGAGGUUGAAACAAAGAUAUCGGCUUGGCAAAACAACAAGAUUGCCAAGCUUAAUAACAGGUUUAAGAGGGAGGAUGCUAUUAUUAAUGGGUGGGAAAGUGAGCAGGUUCAGAAAGCUUCUUUAUGGAUGAAGAAAGUUGAGAGGAAGUUGGAGGAGAAGAGAGCAAGAGCCCUAGAGAAGAUGCAAAACGACAUAGCCAAAGCACGUAGGAAAGCAGAGGAGAGGAAGGCAUCGGCAGAGGCUAAAAGGGGAACGAAAGUGGCUAGGGUUCUUGAAAUUGCCAAUCUAAUGAGAGCUGUCGGAAGAGCACCUGCCAAAAAGUCCUUCUUUUAGCCCCCUUACCAUCGGAAUAUUCCAAAUUCCAUGCCCAGAAACAAACCACCACCACCACCCCACCCCCAAAAAGGAAAAUGGUUAGGGAAAAUAAGUGCCCCAUAGUCCUCGUAUACAAGGGCCUUUCCCUUUUGAACAAAGGCACCCUGUAUGAAAUGGGGCAGUGAAGUCAGAGAAAUCUAGCAACUAUAAAUUUUGAGUGCUUUUGGUUGAUGCGUAUUUUUUUUAGUGUGGUCAGUGUGUUGGGAUGUUGGGAUGGAUUUGUUAGUGAAACGACGUCGAGCCUUGUACAGUUUUCUUAUUCUUGGGCAGGACUCGGGAGUUAUAUAGUGUUUGAUGUCGUACUGCAUAUAAUUUCCUAAGCGUAAUUUGGUGUAUUUUAUUUUCCAAUUAUGGAAUGGAAUGAUAAUUUGCACUAA